AUCGAUGUAAACAUACUCACCUCAAGAACUGCAGCAUGCGACAAUUGAGUUGACACAUUCAACAGGUGAAGGCUGAGAACUUAACCACCUCGCUAUUAUUGGCUUAAAUUAUGACGGUUUUCCCUUCUGAACAACCGCCGGUGGACCCCAUACAGGUUGAGCUCGAUGAUGAACUUGACUCCCUCGAAGCGCGAAUUGCGGGCCUCCGUCAACGACGAAUUAUACAAACCGCAAAUAUCACCAAUUCUCGCUCCUCGCAGACAAUUCUGAAACGUCUCCGCUCUGCACCCAAAUCACUCGAAACCGAGGAUAACAAUCCACUCAACAGUAUCGCUAGCAGCAAUUCGCAAAAACAGUUAACACACAACCAAGAAUGUUUAUAUCGUAUAUGCUCCGGAGUUACAACGUUCAAAGUUAAAGACCCAGAUCCAUGUUCAAUCGACAAUGGCGCUGUCCUCGGGGUUCGCAUCGAGGCCUUCCAGAGCGGGCGCUUUAUAAGGCCAUACUACGUGUUCCUGAAUAGGCAUCAUCCAGACAGCAGUGCAUGGCGUGUGCAUAGACACACGGUGCCGCCUUGCAUCCCGCUAGAUUCGCUGGUAGACAGAUAUUUACCAGCGCCUACGCAGAGCGGCGAUUUGCUGAAAGGGCCGAAGCAGGCAUUACCUCGAUUUGUGAAAGCUCUAAGGUCUCAUAUUGUUGCUUAUCACAACCGCAUUACUGUGAUCGCUAGCAUGCGGAGGGCUUUCGGACUCGGCGCAAAUAAAGAGCAAGGGGAGGGGCGAGAACUUAUCUUUUCAGAUAUCAGUCCUGCUGAUGCCGAAGCGAAACAUAUUAGGCUGGAAUGGAUGGAUGGGAGAAUUGGGAGAGCAGUGAUCAGCUCGAAAGGAAAGAUACUCAAAUGCGUUGUGAUAGGAGAAGACGGACGAGACCGAACGACCGAGAGGGUAGUCUUGGGCGGUGGCGGCCGCGUUGAGGGAAUUACAGGAAGGCUCCUCUAGAUGUAAUGAGGGCCGUAUAUUUGUCACGGUGGAGUACUGGUUGUUUAAGAUACCCGGAGCACGUAAACUGAGUGUUGUUAAUAUUAUGGAUG